AUGAAAACAGACCACUUGGAAGUCAUAAUUCCGGCAGGAAUAAAAUUGAAGCCGCUCCGCACUAAAAUCAGCUUUAGGGACUACAGAGCACAGAAUAAAGUCAAAUUUCAAAAGAAGCUUGCCAAGAAAAGUUGGUCUGAAGUUGCGUCGUUGGAAACAGUUGAAGAAGCAACUAAAGUAUUGGAGAACACUAUCCAUAAUAUGAUAGAUCAAUGUUUUCCAAAGAAAACAGUUACUCUUUCCACUCGUGACCCUCCAUGGAUGUCUCCACUCUUAAAGUAUUUAAUAAGAAAAAGAUCAAAGGCUAAGUCAAGGAGAAAGCUAUCUAUUGCGGCAGAAUUAACAGAACGAAUAUCUGGAAUAAUUUCACAUAAUCGAACAAAAAUGGCAAAGUCCGAGUGUACUGGCACAAGUCAAUGGUGGAAAAACGUCGACUUUUUGUCACAUAGAAGAAAUCGAGCACAUAUUAUACUUGACAACGAGUUCAAAGAAAAGUUGAACGAUUACUUUGGAGAGUUAUGUUGGGAUAGAGACUAUGAACAAACAACGUUGAUGGAGAUAGAUACAAUCACAAUAAAAGCUCCUCAGUUUAGAAUAACCCAGGUCAAGAACGCUUUGUUGAAAAUAAGGAAAACCGCAACAGGCCCUGAUGAAAUUCCAUUUUGGGUAUGGAAAGAAAACGCUGAUGUAUUUGCACCUGUUAUGACCAAGAUUUGGAAUAAAUCUCUCUCUACAUCCACAUGCCCCACCUCUUGGAAAAUUGCUCAUGUAAACCCACUACCAAAAGUUGAGAAUUCAAAGGAAUAUUGUGAAUUUAGAGGUAUAAACGUCACACCUGUGAUUAGACGAUGUUUCGAAAGAACGGUUUAUCAUUAUCAUAGUAAAAGAUCUUUCGAGGCCGAGUUAUCAUCUUCCCAGUUUGCUUAUCGAAUCGGUGGGUAUAGCACAGACGCCUUAAUUAAAUUACAGUAUAUGUACCUGAAAGAACUAGAAGAACCAAAUUGUGAUGCAGUGAGAUUAAUUGCAAUGGAUUUUUCUAAAGCAUUUGACAAUGUAAAACACGCAAAACUGAGUGAAAAAUUGAAAUCGAGUUCUAUGAACCCUUAUUUAGUAAAUUGGUUCUUAAAUUUCUUAAAAGAUCGAAGACAGAAAAUAGUUUUCCAAGGAACGACAUGCAAGUGGAAAGAUAUUAACAAGGGAGUUAUGCAAGGAACUGUAACCGGACCACCACAUUUCUUUAAUUUAUUUAUUAAUGAUUUGGAGAUUAAAAACUGUUCCAACACCCCCCUUGUUAAAUUCGCGGAUGAUUCCUCACUUUUGGUACCGAUUUUGAAGAAUACCCAAGAUUGUAGUUCUAAAGCCAUAGACGAAUUUAAGGACUGGUCCGAAUCAAACUCUUUACCUUUAAAUGAGGGUAAAUGUAAAGAAAUGAUUAUAUUAAAGAAAGGACGAUCAGAGGAUUGUGUAUCACCAAUUUAUGGUUUUGCGGCACUCUAG